GGACUGGGAAGUUCAGGGCCUCUGGGUGGACACAUAGGUCCCACCUGGAAGCUGUCGCCAUGGUGGCCCCGGUGGUGUACUUGGUGGCAGCAGCUCUGCUUAUCGGCCUUAUCCUCUUCCUGACUCGCAGACGGGGCCAAGCGGCAGCAGCCAGCGGAGAGCCACUGCACCAUGAAGAGCCAGUGCCAGCAGGCCGAGUGGCCCAGGCUCGGCCCCUGGAGCCCGAGGAGCAGAGGGCUGGGGGUAGACCCCGGCGCCGCAGGGACCUGGGCAGUCGUCUGCAGGCCCAGCGUCAAGCCCAGCGAUUGGCCAGGUCCGAGGUGGAUGACAAUGAGGAGGAAGCCGUCAUCCCAGCCCAUGAGGAAGAAAGUGAGAAGCCAGCAGAAACUCACCCGUCGGGGAAAAUUGGAGCCAAGAAACUACGGAAACUGGAGGAGAAACAAGCACGAAAAGCCCAGCGCGAGGCAGAGGAGGCCGAGCGUGAGGAGCGGAAACGCCUUGAGUCCCAGCGUGAGGCAGAAUGGAAGAAGGAGGAGGAGCGGCUUCGGCUGGAGGAGGAACAGAAGGAGGAGGAGGAGAGGAAAGCCCGCGAGGAGCAGGCCCAGCGGGAGCAUGAGGAGUACCUGAAGCUGAAGGAGGCCUUCGUGGUGGAGGAGGAGGGUGUGGGCGAGUCCAUGACCGAGGAGCAGUCCCACAGCUUCCUGACAGAGUUCGUCAACUACAUUAAGCAGUCCAAGGUUGUGCUCUUGGAAGACCUGGCUUCCCAGGUGGGCCUGCGGACUCAGGACACCAUAAACCGCAUUCAGGAUCUGCUGGCCGAGGGGACUCUGACAGGUGUGAUUGACGACAGGGGCAAGUUCAUCUACAUAACCCCGGAGGAACUGGCUGCUGUGGCUAACUUCAUCCGGCAGCGGGGCCGGGUGUCCAUCGCUGAGCUUGCCCAGGCCAGCAACUCCCUCAUCUCCUGGGGCCGGGAGCCCCCUGCCCAGGCCCCAGCCUGACCUGGCCCCUCUCGCUUGGGCUCAGAGCUGGGACGGCCUACCUGACCUUACCUCUUUAUCCCUCGCCACCAUCCUAGGGCAUUGGUGGAGUGUGGCCAGGCAGUUCUAGAUUAAAGGCCUGUGAGUACUGCUGAGCUUGGUGUGGCUUGGUGUGGCAGAAGGCCUGGCCUGGGAUCCCAAAUGAGCAGGUAAAAAUCUAAGCCUCAGACAUACUAGGGGUGAGGUCGGGGCGGGGGACGUGGAGUAGCCUACCAAAGCAGAUGGAAUUUUCAUCCUUAGCAAACAUUCAUUCAUUUGUUCAAAAAAAACCAAAACAAAAAACUGAGCAUGUACUGUUCCUUCGUUCCCUGCAAGCCAGGCUCCCAAGGCCUGGAGGAGGCCUUCCUCUCCUUCCUUCCGUCUUCGCAGAGCAAGAGUGAGGAACCUCUUGGGCCACGUCUCCUCUGACUGGAGUGGGAGGUCUCACCACUUUUUGUGUGGAUUCGGGGGCCCUAAGGAAGGCUGAGAGUCCUUGAGAAGAGAGUUAACGAGCUGCGCCAAGGGAAGCUUCCUAGGGAACAUCAGCCUUUAAGGGCAAGGACAGGGAGGUCAGGGAGGGCAAGAUGCUGGGCCAGCUCCUUGUGGGGCAGGUCAAAGGAAGGGGAGGACCGGUUUGAGCUGUAUGGAAUUGUACCAUGGAGGGGCAUUGCUUCACACAGCACGUCACAUGAAUUCGGCUCUGUAUUUUUGACAAAAAGUCUAAAUGGCGUGGGUGAUUCCACCCACCAGUGGGUGUGAGGACCAUAUGCUCGGCAGUGGGUGUGAGAUGGGAGAUAUGUGUCUCCUGUAGGGUCAGCCACUCUGGUUCCUGUGGGCUGUUCAUGGCAUGAGCACACUGCUAUGCUGAGGGCGAGGCAUGUGUUUAAAUGUGUAUCUCUUAGGCAAGGUGGCCCCUAAACAUGAACCACCUGCUUCCUCCGAUGCCUGGUGGUGGAGACAGCAUCUUUCUGUUCUGGCCCAGGAGGAAAUUCGGUGGGGAUGGGCAGGGGAGGCAGGACAUCAGGCUCCAGGGCAGGGCCUUCCCAAGGGGUUGUCAAGGGUGAUUUUGGCUCAUUUAGUGUCAUAAGCGUUAACUAUGGAACCUAAAUUCCAAGUCAGGCAUGACUUUGCUACUUCUGUCAGCACUGGGCACUUGGAGUCACCCAGAGCUGGGAAGGGCCACGUGCAUUGUUUGGAAGACCAUCUGGGAGCCCACAAUCUAGUAGGAGAGGGAAGGAACAGAUGUAGGUACCCACAGUCUGAGAUAAAAGCGUAAACUUCCAAAGGGAGAAGAAGCAAUGACCUAGAGUCGUGGUUCUCGGCCCCGUUUGCUCAUUAGUUCACAUGGGGAGUUUCCAGCAGUCUCAUGCCAGACUUAACCCCAGACUCGUUCACUUGGACUCUCUGGGGUGGAACCCCGAGAGCAUCACUGGGAGAUUCAGUGUGCAGCCAUGGUUGAGAGCCAGUGAAGGAGGUGGGGGUGAGGUGCAGAGGCAGGCCAUAAGGUUGCAAGUAAUUACAAUCCCCACCGGAAGGGGCUUCUUACAGACCAAGACAGCGGUUCCACAGGUCUCUUCCAUCCUUUCCCUCAACCGUCUUCAGCCACUGCCAUCCAGGUGGCAAGACGGUUUUGACAGCCGCUCCAGGACACUGCCCACAGGACAGGAGUGGGGAAAAGGCACAUCGAUUCCUCGUGUGCCCUGAGAUUCUUUGUGUUCCAAGGGCUUACUGUGGAGGGAGAAUCCUAUAACCCUUUGUGCAUUAUUUAGUGAUCCAUCUACUAAUCUAAUAAAUUUAUCAAAUGAGCAAUUAUUCCAAUAGUAAUAAAUAACAUUUUUCUAAAUAUGUACAAACUGCUUUCAUAACUAAUAAAACUUUCAGGUUUACCCAUUUACAAUUUUUCAAGCAUUUAAACAUUAAUAAUUAUUUAAGUACGUGUUAGCACUUAAAGUCCCCAAAUUUGAUAUAUGAAAUUAUCUUAAAUGCUUUUGUACCUUAAAAAAUAGAGCACCUGGAGCGGCAUCCCACAACUGAAAGGUUGCAGGUUCAGUGCCAGGUCUGGGCAUGGAAGCACGUGACCCCUGGUCCAGACUCAUGUGAUCCCUGGCCCUGGUGCCAGUCCCCAGUCUGGGUGCCUACAGAAGGCAACUAAUCAAUGCUACUCUCUUGCAUGAGGUCUCUCUCUCUCUCCCGCUUCCUCUCUCUCCCUAAAAGAAAUGAAAAAAUUGCCCUGACCGAUAUGGCUGAGUUGGUUUGGCCUAGUCCCACAAAGUUAAAGG